GGAACUGUAGUUUCUGGAGGGAAGUAGUGAACUGACUUCCUUGGCAUGGGUCUGUGUGCAUGGUGAGGAGAUGAACGGGAAGCGGCCCGCGGAUCCGGGCUCAGCGCGGCCAAUGAAGAAGGGAAAGAAGCAGGUAGCGGCGGAGUUUUCGGACGCUGUCACGGAAGAAACAGUGAGGAAGCAGGUGGCUGAAGCCUGGAGCUGCCGGAAGCCAUUCAGCCAUGAAGCUAUUGUCUUGGACAUGGAUCCUUUUCCUCACUGUAUAAUUCCGAACUUCAUCCAAAGCCAAGACUUCCUAGAAGGACUUCAGAAGGAACUUUUAAGUCUGGACUUCCAUGAAAAGUAUAAUGAUUUAUAUAAGUUCCACCAGUCUGAUGAUUUGAAGAAGAGAAAAGAGCCUCAUAUCUCAGCUUUAAGGAAACUUAUGUUUGAAGAUUUUCGGGACUGGCUUUCCAAGGUUUCCAGCAUUGACCUAGAACCAACCGUUGACAUGUCCUGUGCUAAAUAUGAGUUCACUGAUGCUCUGCUAUGCCAUGAUGAUGAGCUGGAAGGGCGCCGGAUUGCUUUCAUUCUGUACCUGGUCCCAUCCUGGGACAGGAACUUGGGGGGCACCCUGGACCUUUACAACACUGAUGAACACUUUCAGCCAAAGAAGAUUGUCAAGUCCCUUCUCCCUUCGUGGAACAAACUGGUUUUCUUUGAAGUAUCUCCAAUAUCCUUUCACCAGGUGUCUGAAGUCCUGUCUGAAGAUAAAUCACGUUUAUCUCUAAGUGGCUGGUUUCAUGGUCCUUCAUUAACCAGGCCUCCCACCUACUGUGAACCUCCAAUCCCUCGAAACCCUCAUAUCCCACAAGAUCAUGAAAUUCUGUAUGAGUGGAUCAACCCUGCUUAUCUGGAAAUGGAUUAUCAAAUGCAAAUUCAAGAAGAAUUUGAGGAAAGGUCUGAAAUUCUCCUGAAGGAGUUUCUUAAGCCUGAGAAAUUUGCAAAGGUCUGUGAUGCCUUGGAGAAAGGAGAUGUGGAAUGGAAUAGCCGUGGUCCCCCAAAUAAAAGGUUUUAUGAGAAAGCAGAAGAAAAUAAUCUCCCUGAUAUACUGAAGGAGUGCAUGGGCUUGUUUCGCUCCGAGGCGCUGUUCUUGCUGCUCUCCAACUUCACCGGCCUGAAGCUCCACUUCUUGGCCCCAUCAGAUGAUGAUGAGCUUGAGGACAAAGGAGAUGGGGAAGCAGCCUGUGUUGCUGAUGGCAUUGAAGAAGGGACUAGCCAGAGCCCCUCAGGGUCUGAGAAUCAACAGGCAGCUAUUGGCAGCCACAGUCAAGAGAGUGGUGAACAGGCAAACCUAGAACCACAGGAAGAUGAAGCAAAGAAAGACUCAGGUGUUCCCAUGUGCCAGGGGGAGCUGAGGCAUUGGAAAACUGGUCACUACACUUUAGUCCACGACAACAGCAAGACUGAAUUUGCCUUGGACCUCUUUCUGUACUGUGGCUGUGAAGGCUGGGAGCCAGAAUAUGGUGGCUUUACUUCCUACAUUGCCAAAGGUGAAGAUGAAGAGCUGCUCAUAGUGAAUCCAGAAAACAAUUCCUUGGCAUUGGUCUACAGAGAUAGAGAAACUUUGAAAUUUGUGAAGCACAUUAACCACCGAAGCCUCCAGCAAAAGAAAACCUUUCCAAACAGAAGUGGUUUCUGGGACUUUGCAUUUGUCUAUUAUGAGUAACAGGACUGGGCAAAGCCAACUAGCAUCACUUCAUCAUGCUGGGAACCUGGAGUCUCCGUGGAGUGAGGGAAAGCAUGCAGGGUAACGGUGUCCUCAGAACAGGCUUUAUGGACUGUGCUAUGCAUACCUGUAGUGCCAGCCUUGAGAGGUAGAGGAAGGAGGACCUCCAGUUCCAAGGUCAGUGUGGUCCAUACAGUGAGACCCUGUCCAUAACAAAACAAAUCUGGGUCAUCUUUUUAUGAAACUCAUGAUUGUACUCAACCUAGACAUUGGCCUCCAGCUAUGUACAUAUCCUUUGGUUCUAUAGUGACUGCCUCAGCAACUUCCUUCUAAGUUUGGUGAUUUUUUUUCUCUUUUUCUUCCUUCCUUCCUUCUUCCUUUCUUUCUUUUUGUGGUAAAAUACAUAAUAACAAAGUUCAGCAGGUUAACUUUUUUUUAUUUUUUGGUUUGAGGUUUUUUUUGUUUUUCUUUUGACAGGGUUUUACUGUGUUGCCCAGGCUAGCUCUGAACCACUGAUUCCCCCACCUCCAUCUCCAACAUAGGAUAGGCAUGAGCUGCCUUUGCCCACCACUCCCUGCAUGUGCUCCAGUGCAUCCAUCACUGCCAUCCUCAUUCAAAUGUUUCUAUCUUCCCACAGUGUAAUUCCGUGCCCUUUGAACAGUCAGUCUCACUCGCUGCUGCCCCUUCUCUGUUAAUUUCACUAUUUGCCUCUUGAGUGAAUUACAUAGUAUUUAUCCCUUUGUAAUUGUCUUGUUUCACUUAGCACAGACCCUCAAGGUUCAUCAGUGUUCCCAGUGAUUUUUCUUUUUCACUUACAUGUGAUUGUAGAAACAUGUAUAACCCUGUCCACACUGAGCCUGAGAGCUGUGACACAGUUUGAGUCAUUACACUGCUCCCCACUGUGGGAUGAGUUCUACCCUGAUUCUUAGGACUGUAGUCUUAGGUGGGUAGUGUUGCUUCCUUGGGAAAGAUCUGGCUAAAAACUAACAUGGGCCUGGGAAUUACAUGGCUGAGCAGGAGGACAGACUGCUUACUGCCCUGUGUAUUUACUCUUAGGUGUCUACUGCAUUGCUUCUCAAGAGGUUGCAUAACAGAUAUCCUGCAUGUCUGAUAUUUACAUUAUGAUUCAUAACAGUAACAAAACUACAGUUAUGAAAUAGCAAUGAAAUAAUUUUAUGGUUAGGGACACCACAAUAUGAGGAACUAUAUAUAUUAAGGGGUUCCAGCGUUAGGACAGUUGAGAACCAUUGGUCUGCUGCCUUCCAGACUUGGAGCUGUGGCUUCUGUGAGUCUAGCCUCGCCUCCCAGUGACUCUGUGUUCCUAAUUGCUAGGCCAAGCUUGUUGCCUUUUUCUUCCUUUUGAAAGACUAGUGCUAAGAAGCCAAUUCGGAAUUAUUAGAAGCCCUCAAUUUGCUUCCAUUCUUUUUGCUGCCUGUUCUGCUCCAUGGGGCUGUGACAUAGCUCCUGCCACUGGGGGUGUGCACAGUGGCUGAAAGGCUUUGUCCCACCUGACCCCUUGCUGCUUUCUCAGUCUCUGACUACCCUUGCAGGCUUCAGUGUGGACUUGACUUCCUAACAGGAAAAGCACUGAACCUUUAGAUUUCUCACAUUUCUCUUUCAUGUCUUAAAACUCCAUCCAAAUGCCAUCUGUCUUUUACAAAGAUGGGCUUCAAUUUGUUUUCUUUGCCCCAUUAAGUAAAACGUUUAACAUUCAUAGCCUAAUGAAUACUUACAAGUUUUAGGUGUUCUGAUAUUAAUCAUAAACAAAGUAAAUUUUAAAUAAUAAUAUGAGACCAACACUGAGAGGGUAUACAACUUUAAUCCCAGUUUUCAGGCGUUAGAGGCAAGAAGAUCAAGAGUUCAGGACUAUCCUCAGCUACGCAAUGAGUUCAAGGCCAGUCUGCGCAAUAGUAGACCUUAUCUCAAAAACAAAGAGUGGGUAGUGGUGGCACAUGUUUUUAUCCCAGCACUUGGGAGGCAGAGGCAGGCAGAUCUCUGAGUUUGCCUGAGGCCAACCUGGUCUACAGAGCAAGUUCCAGGACAACCAGAGCUAUAAUACAUAAUGAGUCCCUGUUUCAGAAAACAAAACAAAAGCCUAUCCUGAAGACGUUCAAAGGUUGUCGUCCCAUGCCAGGCAGUGAUGGGCAUUGUCCAUGUAUCCUGUUUUGGACUCCACAGCAUUGUAAACCACAGAGUAGUGCUCAAUUAGGACUGCUUUGUUGCUAAUGGUUAAUUCUGAAGCUUGCCCUUUCUGAAUUGCUGUAGACUGAAGGCAGGCUCUCCUUCUUUCCCUCCUCCUCUUCCCUCCCCCAAUUCUUCCCUUCCUCCUCCUUUCAGUUUGGGAUGCUGAGACUCAGACCCAGACCUUGCUAUACCUGCAGUCACUUUUGCUUUCUUUUUCCUUGGUUUUUUUUUUUUUUUUGUUUGUUUGUUUGUUUGUUUUUUUGUUUGUUUGUUUGUUUUCUCUCUCUCUUGAGACAGGUACUCACUCUGCAGGCCAGGCUGACCUUAAACUCAAGGUCUUCCUGCCUCAGGCUCCUAUGUAGUAGGAUUAUAGCAGUAUCCUACUGUAUCCAGCUCUCUUGGUUUUUGGUGUAUUCUCAUGAAUGGGGGAGAAAGAAUGAAUUUAUCUAACAUUUUAUCAGUGGAUUGACUCCAGGGAGACCCAGGGGAAGUGCUAGAUAAUGAAAGCAUCAUAUGAGCCAAAGCAUGUAUCUUAGCAUUAUCCAACACCACCCAGCCUUUCCAGUUCCGGAGACCUAUGUCUCAAUCUUAAACCGUCUCCUAAUCUCCAUAUGCUUAUGAUCUGUCACCACAGCAAGACCUUUACAAGGCUGAGUUGAAAUCACAGAACGGUUGAUAGCAGGCCACCGUUUUUGUGUGCUCAUCACACACUACCUGCUCAGAGUGCACUGCUGUUAAGGCAUUAACUCCCAUGUGGCUCCAGGCAGGUUCUUCACAAGGUACUCCAGAGGUAGGCAUGGCCACGGGAGCUGGCAUUUAUGUGCAUAUACUGCCCCUGAAGACCACAGUAGAACAGGGGGUUGGCAGUGACGAUGACAGUCAUAAGUGUCUGAGCCAGUGUGUGUGUGUGUCUUAGUUUUUAAAAAAUUUCCAGAAAGUUUUUUUUUUAAAAUUUGAAAAUAACUUGAAGGAAAUAUUUUUGUACAGUUACACAAUGUGUAAAAAUAAAGGAGUUCUAUUAUAUAA